AUGGAUAAUCGUUGUAUAUCAUGGAUAUUAGUAAAUGAUUUUAAAACUGAUUGUUUAACAAAUGAUGAUGAAAUAUUAUCUGAUAUUAAAAAAUCGAAAGAACAUAUUUCAUUUCAAAUAAUAUGUGAUGGUUUUCAGGAAUUAUCAUUUAUUGUGAUUAAUGACAAAUAUGAAUCGGAUGAGACUAAUGGUCAUCUAUGGUCAUGUAAUAAUGUAUAUGCACGUUGUAAUGGAAUAUGGAAUUGUUUAGAUGGAAGUAAUGAAAUUAAUUGUUCAAUAUCAAUCUGUUCACCAUCACAUCAUAUGUGUGUUUCGCCAAUAACAAAUAACUUUACAUGUAUACAAAUAUUAAAGGUAAAUGAUGGUAUUGUAGGAUCUGAUGAACGUCAAAUAUGUCGAAUACAUGCACUCGAUUGCGCUGACUGUCGAUUUCCAUGUCGAAAUCGUACUAAUCCAGAAACCAUGUGUAUUAAAUCUAAUAUGCUUUGCAAUAGAAAGCCAACUUGUUCAUUUUAUGAUGAUGAAAUAUUUUGUCUUGAACGUAAUUUUACUAUAAAGUUUUUUUUAUGA